GUGGAUCCCUCCUCUUCGCUGCCCAUGAGCCUCCUCGGGAGCUACCGCAAAAAGACCGGCAGCGACGGCUAUGAGUCCUUGCAGCUGGUGGACAGCGGCGGGGACCUGGGCGCGGGCGGCGGCCGGCAGCGCGCGGGCGCGGGGGCGCGGAGUCCGGCGCGGCAGCCCCCCGCCCGGCAGCCCACGGCCCGCGCCAGCACCACGGACAGCUCAGGUGCCUCGUCUCCAGACAUGGAGCCCAGCUAUGGGGGAGGUCUGUUCGACAUGGUGAAGGGAGGUGCAGGGAGGCUCUUCAGUAACUUGAAGGACAACUUGAAAGACACCCUCAAAGACACGUCCUCGAGAGUCAUACAGUCUGUCACCAGCUACACUAAGGGAGAUUUAGACUUCACUUACAUUACCUCCAGAAUUAUUGUGAUGUCCUGCCCACUGGACAGUGUCGACAUAGGAUUCCGGAAUCAGGUUGACGACAUCCGGAGCUUUCUGGAUUCCAGACAUCUUGACCACUACACGGUGUACAAUCUGUCACCCAAAUCUUACCGAACUGCCAAGUUUCACAGCCGGGUCUCAGAAUGCAGCUGGCCCAUCAGACAGGCCCCAAGUCUGCACAACCUCUUUGCUGUGUGUCGGAAUAUGUACAACUGGCUGCUGCAGAAUCCCAAAAAUGUCUGUGUCGUCCACUGCUUGGACGGACGAGCAGCGUCGUCAAUUCUGGUUGGUGCUAUGUUCAUUUUCUGUAAUCUCUACUCCUCUCCUGGCCCAGCGAUUCGAUUGCUGUAUGCAAAGCGACCAGGAAUUGGACUCUCGCCUUCCCACAGGAGGUACCUGGGCUACAUGUGUGACCUGCUCUCGGACAAGCCCUACCACCCUCACUUCAAGCCUCUCACCAUUAAGUCCAUCACUGUCAGCCCAAUACCAUUUUUCAACAAACAGAGAAACGGAUGUCGCCCUUACUGUGAUGUACUGAUUGGAGAAACCAAGAUCUAUACAACCUGCACAGAUUUUGAGCGGAUGAAAGAAUACCGUGUCCAAGAUGGAAAAAUCUUCAUUCCCUUGAGCAUCACCGUGCAGGGUGACGUGGUUGUUGCCAUGUACCAUCUGAGGUCGACCAUCGGGAGCCGGCUGCAGGCGAAGGUGACCAACACGCAGAUAUUACAGCUCCAGUUCCACACUGGCUUCAUACCCCCGGAUACCACUGUGUUAAAGUUCACCAAGCCGGAGUUAGAUGCUUGUGACGUACCAGAAAAAUACCCUCAGCUGUUUCAGGUGACACUGGACGUGGAGCUGCAGCCACACGACAAAGUCACAGACCUGACACCGCCCUGGGAGCAUCACUGUGCUAAGGACGUCAACCCCAGCGUCCUCUUCUCCUCUCACCAGGAGCACCAGGACACGGUGGCCCUAGGAGGACAGGCUCCAAUAGACAUCCCUCCAGACAACCCCAGGCAUUUCGGGCAAAGCGGUUUCUUUGCCUCUCUCUGUUGGCAAGAUCAGAAAUCAGACAAGUCGUUCUGUGAGGAAGACCACGCUGCCCUGGUGAAUCAGGAGAGCGAGCAAUCAGACGAUGAGCUUCUGACCCUUUCCAGUCCUCAUGGCAAUGCCAAUGGUGACAAGCCUCAUGGAGCCAAGAAGCCCAGCAAAAAGCAGCCAGAGCCAGCUGCCCCUCCCUCCCUUGAGGACGUGGACCUGCUGGGCCUGGAAGCCUCUGGAGUGAGUACGAACUUCUCUGCACCGGCGGCUCCUCCCACCAAUUCUGAACUACUGAGUGACCUGUUUGGGGGCGCAGGUGCAGCCGGCCCUGCCCAGGCUGGACAGUCAGGGCUGGAAGAUGUGUUCCAUCCCAGCAGACCGGCUUCCACCCAGUCAACGCCACGCCGCUCCGCUGCCUCUGCCUCCGCGUCCCCGACUUUACAUGUGGGAGAAGGUGGCGCCUUCGACCCAUUUGCAGCACCUCCCAGACCGUCAGGCCAGGACUUGCUGGGCUCCUUCCUGAGCACGGCCGAGGCUUCCAGUGAUCCCCUUCUCCAGCCAACCAGGAGCCCCUCCCCUACACUGCAUGCUUCUAGUACACCUGCUGUGAACAUUCAGCCAGAUGUUUCAGGAGGCUGGGACUGGCACGCCAAACCAGGAGGCUUUGGGAUGGGAAGCAAGUCAGCUGCCACCAGCCCCACGGGGUCCUCACAUGGGACUCCCACCCACCAAAACAAACCCCAGACGCUGGACCCCUUUGCCGACCUUGGAACUCUAGGUAGUUCUUCAUUUGCCAGCAAACCCACCACGCCAACUGCACUGGGUGGAGGAUUCCCACCUCUCAGCUCACCGCAGAAAGCAUCUCCCCAGCCUGGGGGUGGCGGGUGGCAGCAGGGAGGUGGCUAUGCUUGGCAGCAGCCACAGUCAAAGCCGCAGCCUGGCGCACCCCACGCCUCUCCCCAGAACCGUCCCAACUACAAUGUGAGUUUCUCAGCUGCGCCUGGGGGCCAGAGCGAGCGUGGAAAAGGAUCAGCCAAUUCAGAAGGGAAACAAAAAGCAGCUGACUUUGAAGACUUGCUAUCUGGCCAGGGUUUCAAUGCUCACAAAGACAAAAAGGGGCCUCGAACAAUCGCUGAGAUGAGAAAGGAGGAAAUGGCUAAGGAAAUGGACCCUGAGAAACUCAAAAUUCUGGAAUGGAUUGAAGGCAAAGAGAGAAAUAUCAGAGCUCUCCUUUCCACAAUGCACACAGUGCUGUGGGCAGGGGAAACCAAGUGGAAGCCGGUCGGCAUGGCGGACCUGGUCACGCCGGAGCAGGUGAAGAGGGUGUACAGGAGGGCCGUCCUGGUGGUGCACCCCGACAAGGCUACCGGGCAGCCCUAUGAACAGUAUGCAAAGAUGAUUUUCAUGGAACUAAACGAUGCCUGGUCUGAAUUUGAAAACCAAGGCCAGAAGCCCUUGUAUUAAACCAUGAGCUCGUCACCUGUGCUGCAGACUUUGCUGACGCUGUGUGUGUCACAGUUCUGAGGUUUUUGAAGAUGAACCUAAACUUCAGUAACGUGUUUUCAGCACUAAGCUGUAAAAUAUCUUGUGAAUUAAUUUCUCAUUGACGAACAGUGUGGAUGUCUGGUUUCUCCAAGUCCCUGCCAUAAAAUAUCCAAAACAGGAGAGGACCUUUCAGUGAGAUGGCCGUGCCGAGUGGCGGCAUCCACGCUGGUCCUGGGGAGCCGUUCAGCAUUCUGUCUGGGGGAGAUGGAGAGCAGCAGGCUCCACCUGGAAGGUGUAACACCCAUCUCAUUGUCUGAGGAUAGGAUUAAUGAGCAAAAGUUAUGAUAAUGGAAUGAUACGAUGGUUUAAAAUAAUGCUUUUUAGAUUUUCUUGGAAAGAUGUAAUCUCAGCAGUGGCUUUAUGCAGGCUCUAGGAACAUAGCCACCAAGGAUUUUUUUUUUUUUUUUUUAGGGGAAAUUUACUAAGGCUUUUAGCAUAAUACUGUGUACAUUUUUUGGUCAAGAGGACAAAAAACGUAAAAGAAUUUGAAUCGUGGAAAGUGAUUACACUACAGUACAGUGAUUACCACCAACUCCUUCUAGAUGAGCAAAAAAAUAGUGAAAAUGUUGGCUAAAGAAAAUAGGCAUCCUGAAGAUGUGGAAACCUCUAUCCCUGGUCAAGAUGUUGGGCUAUCUUUCUUACCCUUUGGAAAACUAUGGUUGCUUAGAGAAGAAGUCUUCAUACCAUAACAACUCUAAACAUGAUUUGGAAGAAACUUCUGAUUUUGCCAUAAAGCUCACUGCUCUUCCUUUUGUUUAGCCAAGAAAACGUUCUUAGCUGGAAACAGGUUGCGAAGCAGUUCAGUCCAUUUACAAUUCUCAGGACUGGUAGGGAGUCAGGACUUGGCCUUCUCAGGUUCUCUGAGUGGUUGUGGUUAGAGAGCAGAAGACAGUGAUAUGGAACUUGAGUCUAAGAAAGGCUGGGUUGCGGCGAGGGAGCUGUGCUCACCUCAGAGCUCAUCAGAUGGUUCGAGGAACCAGGUCUCAUCUCCCCACAUGUAUAUCUAGACCCCUGGGAUUAUUACAGUGUGGUUUAUUGUGUUUAAAGUCAUUGGGGAUUCACAGGAGCAACAUUCAUACAGGGACAUUUGUGUUUGCAAAGCAAGAAUGAAAGCUUUCCAGACCUUACCCUGGUUGGAUUUGACAUGAGUGUUUCAUCUGGUUCUCAUUUGGAGGGGUGAGCAGUUUGCUGUCCUGUGACUUUGGUAGAUUCUGGUGCACACACACACAGUGUGCGCUGUAUACAUACAUAUAUGCAAAGCAGAGGGGGUAAGGAGAUUUCCAUGCUAAUCUUAAAAGGUCCAUGCUCAAUAUUGUGAAAAGUUGUUUUUAAAGACUGAUCAGUUUUUUUUUUUGUUUCUGUUUUAAUUUUCUUGUGGCAAAUAGCACCGGAAAAGCGGCAUGUCAAAAAUAAUUUAGGUUCCAGAUAGAUCUUUCUCGGUCUCUCUUUUUUUGUUAUAAAGUUUCCUUAUUUAUUUUACUGGCAAUCUGAAACUUGCAUAACAUGUUCUCUUUUGAAAUAUAUAGUUGUAACUGUUCAAGGUAACCAUAACAAACUGUAUUUAUUAACGUAUUAUAAAAUAAUGUUUGAUCCAGUAUAUGCUUGUCUUAUUUAAAAUUGGAAUGUGAGACAUGUUGCUGUGACCUGUUUUUUUUUCUCGUUCACACUUGUAGAUACUGUGUGAACUACAGUAUAUAAUGAUAAUUAUUAAGAGGAUAUUCUGUGGGUGUCAUGUACAUUCUGAAAUGAUAGCACCGCAUUAGCUUUGUAUCAUGUUUGAAACAUUCAUCAAUGUUCACAGUGUAAAACAUCAUUAGACAUUAUGUAAUUAGUAAUGAGAAAGAAUCUUACUUAACUUAAAUUUGGGGGUUCCCCACAUCUCUUUUCCGGAUACAUUAUAAAUCUGGACUCCUCUUUAUCUCAAAACUCUUAAUACAUGCAGACCAACAGGUUUUUGCAUUCCUUUUAAAUAUCUGGUUGUGACAGAGCUUGUUGUUGGUCAGAUCCACCGUUUCAUUCAUAUUUAUUGUAAUAUAUUUUUUGUUUUGUAAAUAUGUUACAACAAAAUGUGAUUGGUCUAAAAUAUUUGUAAUGUAUAUUAAAAGGCUCAAAAAUA